AUGGCAGUCAAUGCAUCCUACGUCUCCGAUUACCCUCCGCUCCCGGAGUACACGCUGACUCCUCGCCCUCCCCUUUUCGCGCCGAUUCCCGACAAUAUCCUGGCAUUGAUCCUUCCAAUUGUCGCUUAUUGGGCGUUGUCUAUGAUCUAUCACCUCAUUGAUGUCUACGACCUCUUUCCUCACUACCGCCUUCACACCCCCGCCGAAGUUUUGAAACGGAACCACGUCACACGCUGGGAUGUAGUUCGGGAUGUUCUCUUGCAACAGGUGAUCCAAACCAUUGCGGGUAUUGCAGUAUCCUACCUUGACGAGGAGGAGUAUAUUGGCCGAGAGGAAUAUGAUGUGGCUGUCUGGGCACGUCGCAUUCGCUGGGCCCAAAGAGGCCUCCCUCAUCUGUUGGCCCUGUUCGGUAUUGAUGCGCUGGGUCUGGCAAAGAAUCUGUCGCACAACGGUCACACUAUCCUCGGCGCCGUGGUCGCCGGCGGACGUUAUUCGGGCCUCUCACAGUCCGUCACCCUUGAGAGCGGUGCAGAGGCGUUGGUUCCUGCCUUCGCUGGCUGGGAGCUGUCCCUUGCCAGCUUCAUUUACUGGUACUUCAUUCCGGCAUUACAGUUCAUCUGGGGUGUCUGCGUUGUCGACACUUGGCAGUACUUCCUCCAUCGCGCCAUGCAUCUGAACCGUUGGCUCUAUGUCACCUUCCAUUCGCGCCACCACCGUCUGUACGUCCCCUACGCAUUUGGUGCUUUGUACAACCACCCGGUAGAAGGUUUCCUCCUCGACACUGCGGGUACGGGCGUCGCCUUUCUCACGGCUCGCAUGACCAACCGCCAGAGCAUGUGGUUCUUCACCCUCUCGACCAUCAAAACCGUCGACGACCACUGCGGCUAUGCAUUCCCUUGGGACCCUCUGCAGCACCUAACCUCCAACAAUGCGGCCUACCACGAUAUUCAUCACCAAAGCUGGGGUAUCAAGACCAACUUCUCCCAGCCCUUCUUCACCUUUUGGGACCGUCUUCUCAACACGCGCUGGCACGGAGACGUCAAACUGCGCUAUGAGCGAAGCCGGGAAGCUGCCCAAAAACAAGUGGACAAUGAUGCGGCCCAAGCAGCUGAAGCCAAAGCCGAGUCGGCACCAUCGACUACGACCGUGUCACCGGAGGAGCCUACCGACUCGAAUACGCGCUCUCGUUUGCGCAGAAAGACUGCGACCCUAUCGCCUCGCGUGGAUAGCCUGAAGGGCUCCAAGCACGGGGUGACCAGCAGUGUUUUCUAA